CCCAUAGAGGGGCCACGGCUCCCCAGAGCGGCUCAGGCGGCGGUCAUGGCGAGGCGGCUGGUGCUGUUCGACCUGGGCGGGCUGCUCUUCACCCCCAGCCCGCUGGGCGCCUUCGGCCGCUACGAGGCGUCGCUGCACCUGCCCAGGAACUUUUUGCAAAAUGUCAUCGUUGGAGCAGGCCCCGAUGGUCCCUAUGCCAGAGCGAUGAGAGGGGAGAUCGCCUUAUCUCAGCUGGUUUCAGAGCUGGAAGAGGAUUGCAAGAAGUUUGCUGCCUCCUCAGGGGCUUCUCUCCCGGAGACGUUCUCCGUAGCACAGGUCUUUGAGGAUAUUAUGACACAAGCAAAGCUCAAUACUGCUGUUCUUCAAGCUGCUAUAACUCUCAGGAACAAUGGGUUCAGGACGUGUGUGCUCACAAAUAACUGGAUAGAUGACGGCCCUCAGAGACACAUCACGGCUCUUGCGUUCUCCCUGCUGAGGAGGCAUUUUGAUCUGGUGAUCGAGUCUUGCCGCAUCGGUCUGAAGAAGCCGGACCCUCGAAUUUACGAGUACGCGCUGGGCGUGCUGAAGGCGAAACCACAGGAGGUUAUUUUCCUGGAUGACAUCGACGCUAACUUAAAGCCAGCCCGGGAAAUGGGAAUAGCCACCAUCCUGGUCAAGGACACGGAUGCUGCCGUGAAGGAACUGCAGGACCUGUGUGGAAUUCAGCUUCUUGGCCAUGAAGAGACUCUGCCAAUUGCGUGUGACCCAGGGAACGUGACCCAUGGUUAUGUGCCAAUCAAGGUAGGCUGUAACGAACGGCCAGCUGCUCUGAAUAAGAUCCUCAUCAACUGGCUGGAGGAUGUUCACGACAAUUCUUUGCUGCAGAAGGUUUCAAAACUCUGA